GUGAAAACCGUGUUUCCUGUUUGCUCCCCAUGUGUCUGGUGGUUUGUGAUCGUAAAAAGGUGAACUAAAAUGAGUCAACCGUCGAAAAGCACCUUUCUGGAUGGUUCCGGAUUGGACAAAAGUCUACGAAUCGUUCGGAAUGAAGCCGAAGAACAGCUGGAAAACUUCUUCGCCCCGGUCGCGGAACUUGCCGACGACAUAAGCAGCGGCCGCUCAAAGGUUGUCAAGCCAGCACCCGGCUUCUGCAUCAAAGCGUUCCGGAAGGGCACCGAGCGGAAGUUCUUCAUCAAUGUGUGCCAAACGGACGGUAUUCCGGCCCCGCGGGACAUCACCGAGGACGAACUGAUCGCCAUACUGAAUGACGGUGACCCGAGCGGAUUCCGGAUUCCGAUGAGCAUCAGCGAACCGCGGGAAAUCGUGGACAAAGGCAACAAGGACUGUUCGGUGUGUGACAUUGCCAUCAAUAAUGGUUUUUAUCGGCGCAUCGAAAACGGCGGACUGUUGCGUGAGUUUCUCAUCACGGUGCUGUUCGAUGGCGUCGAGGACAAGCAUCGCGUCGCGCUCGACGAGACCAACUUUCGCAUUCUGAAGAACAAAAAGUUUAUGGAUCGGCUCAUACCGCACAACAUCCAGAACCGGGACGUGCGGCAGGUGCUGGAGAGCUACCCGAACCCGUCGGAGGCCGACCAGGAAACGUUGCUGCAGCUGAAGGAAGGUGACAAACCGACCAAGAAACCGCUCAUCGAGGAGAUCGAUUCGGGAUCGACGAUGAAAACGGUCAAGAACGAAACGAACAGCAUCCGAACGAGCCACACCACUGCCGAAACCCCGGAGUACGUCCCCGAUCCCACGAAGCUGGCAAUAUCGCAGGCGAGCACCCGUAAACCGGAGUGUAAGCUGUUUCGCGAACCUACGAUGGGUCGAGCGAAGCGGUUGAUUGGCGAAUUCCACCUUCCGGAAUGUGAUUCUUCCAGCGAAAUCACGCUCGAUGUAGGUGAAGAUCGCAUUCUGCUGGAGGCUCGCAAGAAGGGCUAUCUGUUCGAUAUGUUUGUUGACUGCCAGAUCGACCCGAAUCUGGUGCAGGCAAAGUUCGACACCUCCACGAAACUCUUGGAAGUGACAAUGCCAGUGAAGGCUGGUUGAUCUUUUUAGGGUUGUUAGCAGAUAUCCGGAUAGGGCUACGGCAGUGGUUGUGUUUGUUUAGCUUCAUGAAAAUCGUAAUACUUUAAAAACUACUUAAUAUACGAAUAUUA